AAGCCAGCUCUUAUCUAGUUCCAAUUUCUUAAGAUGCGAUUGAGAAUGUGAAUCAAUCCUCUAACCCAAGACUUUGGAGGCUUUCUGCUUUGAAGCUUUUAGGCUUGCGAAUGUUCUUCCUCCGUUACAAGAUCCUGCACUCCUGUGGGUGGACGCACAGAGACGAAAACAUGAAAAAGCAUCCUCUGCAACUACUCUGGUGCCAUCGUCAUCAUCUUCCAACUCAUCUGCUCAAAGCGCAAACUAUCGAACUUCUGUGAGAAAGCAACUAUCUACUUUAUGAAACCAAAAUCCAGUAUCAUUAUCUAUCCUUCCCCUUCCUCUUUUAUUUUGGACUGCACCCCGUGUCCGUGAAUGGGUUAACUACUACUACCUACAACUACUAAUAUCACUCUUUUCUACUUGAGAAGAAGGAGGAGAAGCUUGAGAUGAAUGAAGAAGGGAGAUUUUGGCUCCAUAAUCUUCUUCGCAGCCUGUUUUGCCUUCGUGGGUAUUCUCGCAUGACUGGAGCAUCGAUCUGAGAAGACAAGGACGCGUGAAGGGUAUCCGGAAAUACCAAACACUCUACAAACAAAACGCUUCCGUUCAUGAUGAAGUUUUCUUCUAUGGCCAGCUUAUUUGUGAUCAAUCUUAUACAUUUACAUAAGAGAGAGGAGCAGGAAAGGAUGAAAGAAAAAGGGAAAAUGAUACUCGCUUCGCUAUGUAUAAGUUUUGUUUUUGUAGUGACUUCUUCGAAUUCGAUAUAUUGUCCACCUAAACCCUAUUAAGGGGUCUUUUCAUCUAAGCAAUCCGAAUCCAGUCCACACAGCAGCAGACAAGGUACAAAGAGCGUGUGGAUGCCUGGUUGCUGUCGCCUGAGGCUUAUCGGAUCUGGAAAAAGGUCAGGGCUUGGCUGCGUGCGCAGUACGCAAAUCAGAGACUGCAAAUUGAAGUUUUUUCGCCUCUUGCAGCACCUCCCUCUUCUAGUGGUGGGAAGAACAUGGAAGACGAGGUAGACGUAGAUGUUGCACCAGGAGGUGGAAAAGAAACGGAAGAUACAACGACGGAUAUUGCUUCCAAGAACAAGAAGGGACAAAAAAGUGGAAAGAAAUCAGCCACGAGGACGGCAGUGGGAGUAGCUGCUGGUGCUGAAAAUAAAACAAGAACGAUUUCUUCAUCUUCAUCUUCGGCUUCUUCGAACUCGAACAAGAAGAUCAACCACACUCAACUACCACCGCUGAAAGUGGUUCGGAACCCAAUGUCGUUGUGGAUUCAAGACCAAUUUCAAUCAGAAAGUGCUACACCUUCAACGUGUGCUGACAGUGCAGCCGAAGGUGGUAAACAACGAUUGAAAGUUAAGCCUAUGCGUAUGUGGCUCAGCUGCACCAUAAAAUAGAAUGUCCUCCAUGUAGUUGUCAAUGUCUCAUAUUUAAAAAAAAUAGAACACACACACACAAGACAGCUCUUUAAUCAUGGUAAUGGUUCCAAAAAAUCUACAACUAACAAUCUACUAACGAACAAAGUCUUCAGCUUUGAAUGCCUUUUUAACCCAUGGCUAGCAUGUUGUUAUCGAAGCUCAAGAUCUUCUAAUGAUACAAAAAUAGUUGUUGUUGUUGUUGUUCAGUGAUAGUGAUGAAGCUAGCAUAGUGAACAAGCGUACUGCUCUUCCGUGUUAUUUUUCCACCUCCUUCACCUUCUAACACGGAUUUUGCGAUCCGUUGGAAAAACGAGGUGUCCUUGCAGGAAAAAGCCAGGUAUGCAGCCAAAGUCCGCGUAAGGCAGGAGGAAGCCAAAACAGCGUGGCGUGACUUUGCCAAGUCCUCGAUCGAAUACAAGGCCUUUUUUUAAGGCAUGAUGCCCUAUCUAAUCCAUCUUCGGAAGCAUGAUCUUCCGCAAGAGACUUCUCAGGGGGAAAAGGGGAAGAACAGAGGAUGCUCAUGCUUCUCAGGAUGGAUUCACUAGGGUGAGCGCUAAGGUUUGCAGAAACAGGAGAAAGUCGAGAACGAUUUCUGGUCGCGAACUCUGAAAAGACAGUGGCGUAAGGCAGUGCAGCGAUUGCGUCUCCAGCAUCAGUUGCGGGACGAUCGACUCGACGAAGACGAGGAUGAUGAUCUUUGUGACCACGAUGGUCAAGUAGAUAGUUCCGAAAAUGAAGACGAAGAUAUAGUUUUUGAUAAAAGAACAGGAGAUGUUAAGGCUCAACUUUCAUUGGUCAUUGAGGUUAGUCACUGAGAUCGAAGAGGGCCCCCUUGAGAGAACACAACACAGGGGAAACAAAGGGAAAACAAAGGGAGAGGCGUGGGGCCCUUUUCACUCAGAAUCAGUGACCACUGACUGCUGACCUUUAAAGAUGGAGAUCGAGCAAAAACAUUCUCCAACAAGACCGGGACCAGGACAAAAAAAUCAGCCAUAGAAGAAGCUCGCGCAGCACUCUUGCGGUGGUUUCCUUUAUGACGAGUGGUGUUACUCUUUCUUACUGUUGCUACUAGAUAUGUUGAUGUUCCUCUUCUUCAUCAUUGUUGAUAGGCUUUUACGAAGACAUAGACAUGCUUCCCUGGACAAGCAACCUCCUGCUUCAUCUCCUUGCACAUUCCGAGAGCGGCGAGCACUUCUUCGAGAAGUUUCAGAGCAGAGCGAAAAGUAUUUCUCUUCUGCCGAACUCCGAGAGGGUGAGGAUGCGAGCAGUUCUUCCUCAAACAGCGAUGAAGACACUGAAGAGAGACAACUUGAUGAAGCUGCUAGUGAACCUGCAGGUGAGGAAGACGAUUAUUCUACUGUAGAUGCUGAGUCAGUAGAUGGAUCAGAGGGUGAGGGAGAGGAAGAGGAUGAAGAUUCUGCGGACUGCUCUAGAAGUGCAAGUGUAGGAGCUGUACUAGACGAGGAUGAUUGUUCUGCUUCACGUCCUGCUUCUCGAGCUAGAAGUCGUAAAAAACUUCUCAACAAAGAAAUAAAACACUGUACAACUUCUUCUUCUAGUACAACAGAGUCUACCUCACUUUCCGCUGCGAUCCUUCCAGGACGCUGCUGGAAAUCAGGGAGGCUUUACUUUCAGACUGCGCGACCCCGAACGCAGAAGCCACGACCUCAAAUGCUUCAGGAGAGGAAGGGGAAGACCAUCAACGACGCGGUACAGGAAAACGAACACCAGAAGGGAAACAACCAUCACCACUCAACACUUCAGAUUGCUGUUCCUGACCCUGACAAAAAUCAGGGCAUAAUGGCUCCAGUACUUUCGCCAAUAAACCACAACCACAGCCACACUAGUACGACUUUUCAGAUGAUGAAUGAAAAUGCUUUUAACAAAGACGAGAACAACAACAGUGUGAUGGCUCACGUACAACUAUCACCAACCUCUGGCCCAGAUCCGCAUGCAGAUAUUGCAGUGGCGCGUCGGCAAGCACUCGAGUACAAUCGGAAAUAUCGAGAAGGCCGCACCUAUCGGACUAGGGGCCCUAACUCCCAAAUGCUACCUAAUCACGGAGGUUCGAAACUGCGGGAAGACGAUGAUGAACUUUAUGGAGGCAUGAAAUUUUCGAACUCCCCAAGUCAUUAUCGCGAGGUACGCCCCGGGUAGGAGACAGAGAGGGACCACGAUCGCGCGGGGGAGCGGUGGCGCAAGCGCCACCGGGCUCCCUGAUGGUGUGUCGUUGCUUGGUACCACUCUCGGGCACCAAGCAACGACACACAAAGAAAAAGAGAAGAGCCGCCGAGAGUGUGUGACAAUGUUCGGCCCGUGCGCGAAUGUAAGAACCAGGAAGAGCAAGAGAGAAAAAGCAAUCUGUUGAGAAGGUAGCAGGGUACUCGGUCAAGCGACGACAAGAACAAGACGAGGAACGAGCGACCAAGCAAUCUGUGGAGUGUAGCGGAGGGCUUUCUGUAGGGUGGGGCCAGUAGGUCAGUGAGGACCAUGAUGGAGUUCGGGUAGCGCCGGCAUGACAGCCGAGAACGAGAAGAGGAGAGAAAGGCGAGAAAGGUGAGACAAACAAGAGCAAGCAGGAGCAGGAGAAAGACAGAGAAAGAGGAAGGGGGGCCAUCUGUUGAGAAAGAGGAAGAGGGGCGACACAGGCGAAAGAGGUGAGGGGCCGUGGCUUUUUAGGUGUUUUUACUCGAAGGCAAGGCUGUAGCGUUUUGCGCUUUGAGGAUUGUGAUUAUUUUUAGAGACUUUGUCGCAUAUUUGCAGCCAUAUCGUAGGGGUUAGCUUGCAAAGCUGUAGCCAGGUAGUCUUUCUGAUUUGUCCAUGUCGCGCAUAUGAGUCAAGUUGUUCACUUCCAUGAAUUCAGUCGCUGCGUGCAUAAGCCCCCAGGAUCCUAACAGCGUCAGCAGCGUAGUCAACACAUCAGCCCAAUGGCCUCCACAGUCUUGAAGUGCAUGAGUCUAGUCGCCUACUUGUUUGCUUAAGGAUAUCCAUGAUGUUGAUCAUGCCCCGGGCACUAAGAUGCACCAAACACAAACGGGACCAGAGUGGCUCUCUUUUACUUGCCAAAUAUCUUGUAUCAAUAACAUAAUCACCCCGGCAAUUUGCAGCCUUCAAGUGUUCAACAAUAGCACCGUCGAAGCAUUGAGACCAGUCACCUGAUCGGUAAGCUGCGCAAUAAUAGUCCACUUCGUGCAUAGUUGUAUGGCGGCAAGGUCUAUCAUCUCUGUCCGAGUGAGAAAAGUACACUGCUCGCCCAUAACGAGAACGAGAAUCGAAAAGGUUAAGAGUUAGAAAGUGGAGAGACUUGAGAAAUAGGAGCGUGCCCAAAUAUGGCACGACUUCAAUCAGUGAACUCCUACAAUGAUACCACUGAAGUCAUAGACUGACCAGCCUAAACGUGUGCAGGGCCGGCCUUUGAGUCAAGUGAUAAAGUAACCACAUAUCUAAAACCUUCCUGGGAUAGAUUUACGAAGUAUUUAGUGUUCUGUCUCCGGUUAGCGCAGAGAUGACGAGACUCCUUCAACAGUGUCAAAAUUGGACUAGAACCAGCGAAAAAAUGAACGCGGCGGCGCUGAGAUCGAUCAGGUACAAGCCUGAGCCGCGGCGACUCCUCGACGAUGCGAGCCAAGUGACGGGGGGCCGGGUGCGCGUCGUCGGUGACGUGGUGGAGGACGUGCUGCGCGCCGGCUGCCGCGUAGUGUUGCGGGCGGUGUACAGUGCGGGGCGGUGUGAGGUCUUUGAAGGGAAUGCGAAUUCAAGGACCGGCCGGGUUGCGGAGGUGCAGCUCUCGCGGGGGAGUCCUUUCAAGGAACUGGCGAGCGGGUGGACGGCGCUGGAGGUGCUUGGGGUGUUUGAAAUCGAGCCGGACGACGUUGGGCGUACCUACUGCCCCAGGGGCAGGGCGCUGCUGUCUUGCUGUCUCCGGCCGAGAUACGGCACACCUCGCCGGAGAGGUUUCGGGCCAGCGCGUGGGCGGAUUUGGUGCGCCGGUUGGAUGCGUUUCGACCGGUCGGAUGCUAGUGGGCCACGAGGGUCCAGCGGGCUCCGGUGAAAGCGUCGAGAUGGCCAAGGCGCUGGAGUCGGGGCGGGGGGUCCGUUUCGUCGUCACGCCUACGCGGUUCUUGCUGGGGAGCCUCGUCGAGACUUGGCGGCGGUUUGGGAAGCGGGGCGCGACGCUUGUAGUAGCGGCCACCGAUACGGUUGCCAUGGGGGAGGUCUCCGAAGGCAUGAAGCCGGAAGCGCGGCCGUGGGUCGUCGAAGCCUGCAAAGAAUCAGAACGGACGGCGAAGGCGCUGGAAGGUUGUGGGGCUCGGCUGAUUUCAAUCCUUUCAAAAAACUGCGGCGAUCGAGUGCCUGUCGUGACCUUGAAAGGCAACGGCGGCGGCAGUUGGUGCGUAGUUAUCUCUGCCCCUGUUUUUGGUGUCUUGUUUUUUGCCUCGGUUGUUGUUUUCGUGUCUUGUUUCUGUUUCUGUCUGUGCUCUUGCUUUUGCGGCUGGAUGUCUCUGCUUCUGUUGUUGUUGGUGUUGUUGUUGUUGUUGUGUUUUUUUGCCUUUGUGAGUAUGGUUGGCGUUGUUGUCGUUGGUGUCGCGUUGCUUUGUCUUUCUGAUCCGGGUCGAAUUUAGUUGUUUAUAUUGAUUGGAGAAGCAGAAGAAGAUCUUCAUAAUAUGGAGUAUGUACUCUGUUUCUGACUCACUCCAGACCACUCUUUCUCCAUAUACUCUUUCAUACCACCACGGACAGUCAGAGCUGGAGUUGUUCGCCAAGAAAACCAGCACCCUUAGUGGGCUUCCGUGUGAAACAUAAAUCUCUCUAUCGUCCUCUACUUGCUCCGGUACCUCCGGGAGUUUCAACGGGACUGGGUACUACGAGUACAACUACUACAAGUACUUUAAGCGGACCACCCGCAACAUCAAGUAGUUCAAGCAGUAGAUUCAAUGCUCCUCCUGCUGUGGAAGGUAGUAGAAGUUUUUCAGCUUCAUCAUCUUCAACAAACUUCGGGAAAGAUAAAAACAAAGAGAACAAGAAUAGUGGAGUACGAACUUCUACUCUUGAUGAUGAUGAUGUACUGCAACUGCAUGAAGUAGAUGAGAAAGAAAAUGCUGUCCUCGGAGGCAGAAAGAUCUUCGUCUUGUCGCCUACGUCUGCCGCUCUUGACAAACAGAAUACACAGACGAAUACCUUUGCCACUCGAGGAGGCGUGGGGGAUAAACAGGGCUUGUGCUCGUCUGUAUCCCCUAAAAAGAAAGCAGCUUCCUCUUCAAGUAGCAAGAAUCUGAAACGUCACGAGCGAGAAAAUGAUGUAGAUGUCGAUAUGUCGUGUAUACUUCAGAAGUCUACAGCAAAAAAACGAAAAGUACUACAAGAACUUUCCGGAACAAGCAGGAGUGAUCGUCUUUCUCCCGCACUAGCACUUGAUGCACAGAGUCCUGAACAACCCGAACUUCCACAUCCUUGGGCAGCUGCAGCGACUUCAUCCAAUUCCAGUACCAUCCUGAAGCGCGGAUUGCGAGCAGUGGUCGUUGACUACGAGAUUCAGACGGCCGACCAAGAACGACGAGCACCGAAAAUCAAGAUGAAACGCGGUCGUCCACGCUUAUCUACGAUGGAGAAGGAGAAAAACGAAAUUCGCGAAAAAGAACAACAAGUUAUGGAACUAUACCUAUACUAGAGUUACUAGCCUAUAAAAAUAGGUAUAGCUCGGUAUAAUUUUAUUUGAUUCUUUAAGUUACAUUCUAUGGUCAUUGAGCCCCCCCGAACCCGAUCAAUUUUCCUCUAAUCAAGAACUGGACUACAGAAAAGAGCAAGGUCUUCGCGAGAAAGCAGAGGUUGCAGCGUUGGUGAAGCCUCUGGUCAAAUUCUGCAAGGUGAAUCUGGACAAGGAGAAUGAUGCUGAUGAGGCUGUCAUGAAGAAUUCCAAGAAAACGAAAAAAAGUUGAUAGAGUUCGUGGAACAACUUCAGAAUCCCUCUCCUGCGAUCUACAUCAUAGUACGAUAUUAUAUGUAUUUAGCGAGCAAUCCCAAGGACAACAACUACUUAGUGGCAAGUUUCUGCUGAAAAUGAGAAGUACGUAUUGUUCUGUGAAGAUGGAACCACCUGUCUGUGAUGGAAACCUAGUCGACGAGAUAGAAACAUACGAAGCAAACUACCCUUUUGAUGUGAUAUUAGAAGAGCUAGACGAAUCUAGAUUUACGUACAAAACUGCGUCGUCUGAAAAUAACAAUGCAAUAGUGACAACAAAAUUUUGCAAACUCCUUCUGCAUGAUGAAGUAUCCAAAUGCGUAGACCUUAAUGAAUCUCUAGUACUAGUGAGAAAUAUGUGAAGCUCAUUCUUUAGCAGACAUGCAAGCAAUAGUUAACAUGAUCAUGCUUUGAACAAUUUUGUUUCUGCACCACAUCUUUGUACCACAGACAAGAGGAACGACGGGAAUGACAGAAGAAAUGGCACUGCAGUGGAGGAAAAAAAAUCGCGAACAGGAUAUACAGAGGCUCAACUAUACGGUGACAUCUUCAAAUGCACACGGAUUUCAUUCGAUCGUCCUUGUUGCUAACAGUGUCGUGGGUAUCUUAUUUAGUCUCACUACUCGUAC